AUGCAACAGUUAAUAAAUAAUAAACUUGUUCGUUACAUAGCAGCAUUUAUUAUUGCAUGUGACUUGUUUUAUAUCGCAUCCAUACAAUUAUUCAGUCAAAAUAAAAGUUUACCAACAUUAACAAGUAUUCAAACAGAAAUAGAUUUAAAGAGUGAUGAAGAAGGAAUCGCUAAAAACUUGUCAAACAAUAUACAGACCUUUCGAACGAGACCAAAAGAAGGUCAUAUAAUUGAUUAUACACGAGUGGUAGAUCAUUGCGAUAUGAGCAAAUUUCUCGCCGAACAAUGUUUGGAAUAUCUUGAUAAACAUGAAUCAGAAUAUACCAUUCCUAAUCCGAAUUUAACUUUAAAUGACGCGUCAAAGUGCUUGCCUGAUCAACCUCCGACCCUUUUCCAUGUAUUUUGGAAAGGGGAUUUUAGUGACAAGAUUGCAAUGAUGAUCAAAUCUUUUAUGUUCACACAACCUUUACAAUGUUCAAAGUUAUACGUUUGGUUAGACGAUAAUGAGAUGAGAUUGGAAGACAAUCCACACGCAAAGCCUUUACUUAAAUUUUCACCAAAAUUUAUUGAAUUUAUGAAAUGGGAUACCGAAGAACAACUUGAUCACGAUCCGAUAUACCAUGGAUGGAAAUCCAUUUAUCAUUCCGAACGAAGGACUGUAUCAUUCAGUGAUAUGGUACGUUUCGUUGUCCUUCAACGAUAUGGUGGAAUUUAUGUGGAUGCAGAUGUGCUUUUAUUACGUGAUCUACGUCCAUUCUAUCAAACGGAUUUCGAAUUUUCCUAUCAAUGGAGUUUCAAAGAAGAUUAUAACACCGCUGUAUUACGACUUCGUGCAAAUAGUACAACCACUAGGAUGGUAAUUGAAGGUGCAAUUCAAAAUGGUAUGAAAUUUCAUCCUUUCGACAUCAAGAAGUAUUUUGUCGAGAAAUUAAACCCCACCAAGGAUGAUGUAAAUCCUUACCUUUAUAUGCUUCCGGUUGCGUUAUUCGAUCCUUUAUGGUUAAAGAGGGAUAAUAAACAACCAAAAUCAAUUUUAACACCGAAUAUCAAUGUAUGGUACGAUGUAUUUAGGCCCGAUUUGGCCCCAAAUGAAUUUAUAAAUGUUGAACCGGUGGAUGCCACGCCUGCACUACGUAAGGUUGAUGGAUUUUUCCCCGGCGCAUUCACUUAUCAUUGGCAUAACAAUUGGAAAACUAAAAUUCUUCCAACUUCUUGGAUGGGAGUAUUACAAUCCGCUUACGAUGAAUUCUUGAAUGGUCACCAACCUAAUAUCUAUAAUGAAUAUUUAGAAUUUUAA